AUGGAGGUGACCUCCCGGUCAGCUUCACGGCUCUUUCAGAGUUCCAGUUACAACUUCAGUUCACGGCUUCUAGUCCGCGCAGGGACUCCAGCCAUUCACAGCACCAACAUUACGACGACAAAUCACUCGCUUUCUCGGAGGAACCUGAGCAAUUCAUCUCGGUCACAAGUCCAGCCAGAGUCUUCUCUUCUCAAUUUCGCAAGCGGCUCUUCUUCCUCAUCUGGAGCUCCACAGACAUACUUUUCACAACGAACUACCCUCCCCGCAAACACUGUUGUUCGCUUCGUGCCCCAACAGACGGCAUGGAUUGUUGAACGGAUGGGUAAAUUUCAUCGCAUUCUCGAACCAGGCUUGGCGAUUUUAAUACCUUUCAUUGAUCGCAUUGCGUACGUUAAGAGUCUAAAGGAAUCGGCGAUUGAGAUACCCAGUCAGAAUGCAAUCACGGCCGAUAAUGUGACACUUGAGCUCGAUGGGGUCCUCUAUACGAGGGUUUUUGAUGCCUACAAAGCAAGCUAUGGUGUAGAGGAUGCCGAGUAUGCGAUCUCUCAACUCGCCCAGACGACGAUGCGAUCCGAAAUCGGCCAGCUUACACUCGACCAUGUUCUCAAAGAACGAGCUACUUUGAACACCAACAUUACCCAAGCCAUCAAUGAAGCGGCACAAGAUUGGGGGGUUGUCUGCCUGCGCUACGAAAUCAGAGAUAUCCAUGCACCCGAGGGCGUGGUGGCUGCCAUGCAUCGCCAGGUCACUGCAGAGCGAUCGAAGCGAGCCGAGAUUCUUGACUCUGAAGGUCAACGACAGAGCGCCAUUAACAUUGCUGAGGGGCGUAAACAAUCCGUGAUUCUUGCCUCGGAGGCUCUGCGUGCCGAGCAGAUCAAUCGGGCUUCUGGUGAGGCCGAAGCUAUUCUUUUGAGGGCAGAAGCCACAGCAAAGGGCAUUGAUGCGGUUGCAAAAUCGAUUCGUGAGGGCCAGGAAAAUGCUCAGAGUGCGAUGAGUCUCAACGUUGCUGAGAAAUACGUCGAUGCAUUUGGCAACCUCGCAAAGGAGGGCACCGCCGUUGUGGUUCCUGGAAACGUUGGGGAUAUUGGAGGCAUGAUCGCCAGCGCUCUAUCUGUCUAUGGCAAGGUCACCGAAAGCCAAUCCAAGGCUCUCGCUGCUAAAGCGCUGGGAGCGUCAGCCCACAAAACCGAUCCUAUCAAAGAUGCAGAGACAACUAUCGAGCAAACAGAGGAAGCCGCUGAUAUUGACAGCGGGAAGCAACAAGUCGCUCAAAGUGUACUCGAUAGCUUUGAUCAAACUGCCCAGCAAAAAAAAUAA